GAUCCAAUUCCAGAAUGGAUAGAUAAUUUUAAUGGUCCACUAGGACUGUUAUGUUUCGGCGGCAAAGGAUUAUUACGAGCACUGUAUGCUAGUAAAAAUAUUUCACAAAAUUACAUACCAGUAGACACUGUCAUCAACAUUAUAAUUCUCGUAAUUUGGAAGCUUGGAUUGACAACUUUCACACCAGAGUCUACAUGUUUUGUUGUAAACUGUACUUCUCCUGAUGAAAAAAAUGUAUCAUUACAAGAAAAUAGUAACAGAGGAUUUAAAAUCGUGGAAAAGAUACCCUUCGAAGGAAUUCUCUGGACGCCUGGUACAUUAUUUACCGAGAGU